AUGGAAGAUUCGCUGGGGACUCGCGAGCCCCGGGUUCGACCGAGAGAACGGGACCCGGACCGGCACCCCCGCCCGGACCGAGACCACCACCCUGAGCGACCGCGGGACAGAGCCAGGGACCGGCGCAGGGAAAGGAAUGGGGACGCGCGGAGGGACGGGGACCGGCGAGGGGAUCGAGACAGGGACCGGCGAGAGGAUCGGGACAGAGGGAGGGACCGAGACCCCCGCCAGGACAGACACAGGGACGCGGGCCGUCUUUCAAGUGAGCAAAGAGGUUGGGAAAAGUCCCGCCAAAGCCGGACGCGGGACACAGCCCCCGGACCGACCUGGGACACAACUCGGGGACCGACCUGGGAGGCAGCCCCACCCCCUUGGCCCGGGCCUUGGGAAACCCCGGAGCCUCCCGCCCCGAGGAAGGAGAACUUCGGUCGCCAUGCACCACAAAGUGAACCCACCUCGGGGAGAUACGUGCCCUCGCACCCCAGGCCUGGACUAGAGGAAGUGGAAUAUUACCAGUCGGAGGCGGAGGGGCUCCUGGAAUGUCACAAAUGCAGAUACCUGUGCACAGGGAGAGGUGUGGUACAGAUAGUGGAGGUGAUUUUGAACGGGAUGGUUCUCAUGUGUAUCGUGGCCUCCUACUUUGUCCUUGCUGGAUUCAGCGCCAGCUUUGCCAGUGGUGGUGGCUUUGGAAACAACUACUACUCACCAUUUGAGGGCACUGAGCUGGAGGAGGUUCGGCAACUGGACCAGAAGUAUACAGUCCUCCGGGCGCCUCUGAUAUAUGGCGGUGUGGCUGUUUCUCUGGGGCUGGGUGCCCUCACCAUGGGCGUUUUACUCCAAGGAGCCAAGAGCCUAACAAAACUGCCUAGAAAGUGGCUCCUCUUGGAGGCCGCCUUCAGCCUCCUGGCAGCAGUGGGCUACUGCGUAGGCAUUGGCGUUUACCUCCACGUGGCAUUGCAGAUCAACUCCACGGACACCUGCAAAACAAGAGAGAGGCUCUACGCCCGCAAGGGUCUCACCUGGAUGAACUGCCAGUUGGCAGGCACCGACGGAGCAGCAGCCACCUUUGCUUGUCUCCUGGUGAUUAUGUACAGUGCCAGUGUGGUACUGGCCCUGCGGAGCUACCGGGAACAGAAGCUCUACAAAGACAGCCAAGAAGAGCAGAGAAAUGGCAGGGAUGUCCCAGAAUACCUGUGGUCUGGGACGCUCUAA